AUGAGUAGCAAAAUGGAAACCCCAAAAGAUUUGUCUGAAAUGACUGAUAGUGAUUUUUCUAAUAUCGACGACAAAACUGAUGAAAAAAAUGAGGAUGAAAAAAAAAAUAAAAUGAAAGUUUUAUUAAAGAAGCCAAAGAAAAAAUUAUCCAUAUCUUCAAAAACUAGCCAAAAAAAUAAUAAAAAAGUAAUUCAAAAUAAAACAAAAAAAAAAAUAAAUGGGCCAUUGGCUUGUCCGCCUCCACCUACUCACCCUCCACCUCCACCACCACCUCCAUUUAUUCCAAAAGAAAAACAACAAAAUUGGAAAUUAAAAAAACAAACAAACAAUCCUGAUAUUAAUAAUGAUAUAAUUUCAAUGAGUAAUUAUCCAAAUAAUAUUAAUAACAAUCCACAUUAUAGAAUAAAUGAAUCACAAAUUUACAACAAAAGUUUAAGCAUUGGGUCUGUUCAUGGUCCAACUCCCCCAUAUACUUCAAAUAUUUAUAACCAUGGCUCUGGUAUAAACUCCUUACCAUGUACUAACACAAAUAUAAAAGUAAAUUUACAAACAAACCCUAAUUAUAAUUAUAAUAAUAGUUUUAAAAAAAAUUAUAAAAUGAAUAAUAUUUCUGAAUCAGAAUUAUAUGUUGUGGCAUCUCCAACAUUAAUGCCAGCACCAACCCAACAAACAAAUAAUCCAAUUAAUAUACAGAUCGAAAGAAAACAUACCCUUAUAUCUAACAAUUCUAUAAAUAAAAAUAAAGAUUAUCCAUACAUGGAUAUACAACACAAUAAUAAUAAUUUUUCAUUUCCAUCAAAUACAAAACAACAAUAUUCAAAUAUAUCAAUUCCACCCAAUCCUAACUAUUACCAACCAAAUAAUUUACGCCCAACAGAUUAUAUAGAAGAUAAAAUAUACUACCCAAACUAUCAAAAUAAUACUGAUCAUAAUAAUGCUCCUAAGUAUUACCAACCAGUCAUAAAUACCUGGAAUGGCGCCGCACACCCUCCUAUUCCAAACAAUCCUUAUCAUGGAAAUCCGAAAACUUCAACACAUGAUUAUAACUCAGAGAAAAUAAAUUAUAAGGAUAAGCCAAUUAGAAUGGGCAAUGGACCUUAUGAUACAAAACCACAUAAUAUAAUCGUUACAAAUAUACCAAAAAAUUUAACAUCAAGAGAUAUUAUGGAAACAUUUAAAUGUAUGGGGAAUGUUUUAGGAGCUGGAAUUAUGAUGACCAGCAAGGGAGAGCAUUCAGGGUGUGCCUACGUGACAUUCCCAAACAUCGAAACCGCAGCAUUGGCAGCAAGCCGAUAUGAUGGAGGGACAUUGAAUAAUCAAAAAAUAAAAGUUUUUAUAGAAUAA